AUGGCAGCAAAGAUGUUGCAGUCGGGUUUCUAUUAUCCUAGGUUGUUUAAAGAUGCCCAUGAGUUCGUAAGGAGGUAUGAUAGGUGCCAGGGAACAGGAACAAUUAUGAAAAGGAAUGAGAUGCCAUUGCAUGGUAUUAUGGAGGUUGAAAUUUCUGAUGUGUGGGGAAUUAAUUUUAUGGGUCUGUUUCCCUCGUCCAAUGGGUGUAAGUACAUUUUGGUGGCCAUUGACUAUAUGUUGAAGUGGGUGGAGGCCAUUGCUCUUCCUACCAAUGAUGUCAAGGUUGUGGUCAACUUUGUGAAAAAAUAUAUCUUUACAAGGUUCGGCACUCCGAGAGUGUUGAUAAGUGAUGGGGGCACCCAUUUCCGUAAUAAGCUAUUGGACAAUGUCUUAGCGAAAUAUGGGGUCAAACAUUAG